AUGGAAGGUGACGAACUUGGGGGCGAAUUAGUGAGAUUAGAAAAUGGAUUCAUAGUGGACGAAGAGACCUAUGUAGUUAAGUCAGAUGAUUGUCUAGAUGCUGAUGGUAAUAACUCAGAUUCCAACAGUGGGUACAAAAACACACCACUUCGAGAACAGGAUAGAUUUCUACCUAUCGCAAAUAUAGCAAAGAUAAUGAAGAGAGCUAUUCCUGAUAAAGGAAAAAUUGCAAAAGAUGCCAGAGAAUGUGUGCAAGAAUGCAUAUCAGAAUUUGUUUCAUUCAUAACAAGCGAGGCCAGUGAAAGGUGUAAAAUGGAGAAACGGAAGACUAUAAAUGGAGAGGAUAUUUUGUUUGCAAUGAAUUCUCUAGGCUUUGACAAUUAUGUUGAACCCCUAAAAAUAUAUCUUAAGAAGUAUAGAGACUUCAUUUUAUCACCGGUAUCUGUGAAUAAAAUAAAUAAAACAAUUGUGGUAUACGGACAUGACAACAUACCAAUUCCAUGUGAGAGUGAAAAUGAAACUCAAACAGAAACUAUUAUCUAUGGUUAUCCAUAA